GGGGGAGGAGCGGAGAGACAUUUGAAGGUCAGGAGAUGCUGGAAGGAUGCUGGCUGAAGGGGGAAGGAGGAAAGGUUUUAUAAGCAAAGGCGGGAGUGAGCCAAGGCAGUGCAUCCUCCAGCAGAUCUUUGCGAGAGUAAAGGAGGAUGAACACGAUGCUGCUGCUGUUGGUGGCGGCGGCCCUGGCGACGCAGGGCAGCGCCGGCAGCAGGGUGCGGCGGCAGGAGCAGCCCGCAGUGGCCAGCAGUGACCAGCAGGAACAGAGUUGCAGCAACGGCCAAGGGGUCUGCGUCCACUACAUCCUUUGUAUAAAUGGCACGGUCGCUACCGACGGCGAAGGGAUCAUCCAGGUUAAAACUGGUCCACCGUCCGAGCCACUCCCCAGUUCAGAGUGCAAGAAUUUAUUACAUGUCUGCUGCAGGAGGCCCCCGUCCCUGGACCCCGUCACCCCCUACGUCCCCUCCUGCGGCACCAGGAACCAUCAACGCAUCGAUACCAAACCAAGUGGUUUUAAGGAUGGCCAGGCACAGUUCGCGGAGUUCCCGUGGAUGGCAGCAGUCCUAAAGACCGUCACAUUUUCGAACGCAGGGCACCAGUAUAUCUGCGGCGGCUCCCUCAUCGACGCCUCUCUAGUCCUGACGGUGGCCCACUGCGUCAGUGACAUGCAUCCCGACAACAUCACUGUGCGUCUCGGGGCGUGGGACAUUCAGAGUAGCAACGAGAAAUAUCCCCACCAAGAUAGAAGAGUGUCAUCCGUCACCAUCCACCCUGACUACAACAAGUUAGGCGAUCUGUACAACGACUACGCCAUUCUCCACCUCAAAACCCCCGCAAACCUGACUGUCAACGUGGACACCGUCUGCCUGGGCACUAGUUACAUCAAAGACUCGUGCUUCGUCGCGGGCUGGGGCAAGGACAAGUUUGGCGAGCAGGGAAAGUAUCAUCAGUUGCCGAAGAAGCUGGAACUUUCGGUCUGGGAUAAUGAUACUUGCCAAAACACCCUCCGCACCACCUCGCUGGGCCGUUACUUCAGCCUCGACCAGUCCUUCAUAUGUGCUGGCGGGGAGGCGGGUAAGGACACCUGCACUGGCGACGGCGGCUCCGCUUUGGUGUGCCAGAGCCCGUACGCGGACAUUGGCCAGGGGGAGAGCUAUAUACUGGUGGGCAUGGUGGCAUGGGGCGUCGGCUGCGGCGAUCCCGACAUUCCUGGCGUGUACGCCUCAGUGCCCUUCGCUUACGACUGGAUAACAGAUCAAAGUUUAUUAGCCCUCCUUUCCUAGCUGGAGAUGCAGGGCGUGCUGGGAUACUCAUGAUACAUACUAAAGCCUCCGCCACUCAUGGUUAAAAACCUUAUUAAAUUGGGGGAAACCAGAGACAGUUUCGUUAAUAUUUAGAUUUAUGAAUAAGGUUGACUUUUCCGGGUGAUUACGAAACAUGUGCAACAAUAUAAUAGUUGAUUGAAUACAAAUUAUA